AUGUCACAACUGCAGAAAAUUGACUUGAAUGCGCUUCCACCACAGCAAUUGGUUGAGUUUCGAAAAAACAUUGACCAAGAAAUUGCCCAUUUCACACAAUCCCUUCAGGCAUUACAAACAGCACAGUCUAAGCUUAAAGAUUGUAUAUCAAGCAUAAACAACUUGGAAAAAUCCAAGGAUAAUGACGACAUGCUAGUGCCAUUGACCAGCUCGCUCUACAUCCCUGGCAAAUCGGUUUCCAAGCAGGAUUACUUGGUUGAUAUCGGUACAGGUUACUACGUUGAGAAGAAUGCCGAAGAUGCAAGAAAAGUGUAUGAUAAAAAGAUAAAGAAACUAGAUGAAGACGGCAAGAAAUUGAAAGAUAUACUCGUGCAAAAGAAUGAAAUCUUGAAUGGAAUCAACUUAAUUUUGAGAAGGAAAGUUAUCGAGAUGGAGAAACAACAAGAAGGGCAAAAAUAA